AUGAGUGACAUGUCAAAGCCUCAAGAAUGUACCGCUAAUGAAGCCACCAAGGAGUGGGGUGCAGGAGCUCGAAGAAUUCGACAAGCACUUGGAAAAGACUUCAAGUCAGUCCCAUCAAGAGAUGAGUAUUCGAUAGGGGACUCGUAUAACGAGCAGCAGGCUGAGAACAAGACUGCCAAGGCCAAGAGGGCAAAGUUGAUCACUUGGCUGGCUGGAAGAGAACAAGUCAAGGAGACGCUCUCAUGCUGUUUUCGCUGCAAGUACAAGAAUAUGCCAUGUGAGUACAGCUUAGCAAGCGAAGGUGUUCUGGUCUGCCGGCGGUGCAAACGAGCUGGCGAGAAGUACUGCAUUAAAGAGCGACUCAUUCCUUUUGACGAUCUGGAAGCGUCUUCAAUGGCGAUUGUCCAGGUCGACGGCCCCGCUUCCCAGGACGAGGAGUCCAGUGCUGAGAUACGAGAUCUGAUCGACAGUUACAUUGGCGAGCAGAUGGUACAGGCACAGCCAGGCCUCUGGGUCUCUGUGGCCACCGCAGAGCAUUCCAUGGCACUUCCCAACGCUGCGCCUUGGAGGGCCGCCUUACCACAUGACCGUAAUAUGAGCGAGACUGCCCAGCGGAAAUUAAAGGCGCAAGUCAACGCCCUGAAGAUUGAAGAAGAGGUUCAGCAGGAGUUGAGGGUUGAGAAACGUCAAAGGGCGCGCCAAGAGCGACUUGAAAUGGCAGAAAGAGGGGAAACAGAGUUCAACGAAGAGGAGGAUGACAACGAUGAUGACGACGAAGAGGUAAGGUACAACAGAGAUGGGAUGACCGAGCUCGAGAAAAUGCACAUGCCUCGACUUGGCUAUCGUCCUCGAGCCAAGAAUAUGUGCGAAGAACGGGAUAUAAAACAGUUCUGA